AUGAUUUACGAAUGUAUUUCUAAGAACACUAACUAUUUAACAAUCGUUGAUUUGAAAGCUAACGAUCCAGUUGAGCCCGAUAUUGAUUUAGUAAUACUUAAAGCAUUAUUAACAGCAUCCAACUACUCCGAAGGUGAUAAAAAUAAUGACGAGUAUAAGCGGCAUAAAGCUAAACAAUUUCAUCUAGCGCUCCUUUGGGAUCGUAUUGAUAUCGCUAAAACUUAUGUUAUGGCUGAUGAAAACGAUUGGUCGGAUAAAUCUCCUUUUACAUCUGGAUACUAUUAUUCGUCGAAGGUGAAUUCACAUAACAAUAAUGGAGAUACGCUGUAUGGCAUAUAUGUCCGAUACAUCACACCGCUGAUUGGUGAUUUUUUUGAAAUCGAUGCAGUAUUACAAACAACAGUAGUAAAUAAUAAGAGAAUAACACCAGAUGAAAACAAACAAAAAUGGAACAGUUCAACACGUGGCAUAAUGGAUAUUGAUAAAUUGUUAUUGUUGUGGUCUGUGUUAACAAAUAAACACGGUUUAGCGCUUCUGUUUUGGUCACGAACCAAGAAUAAGAUAUGUGCCGCUCUCAUUGCCAGUUUAUUAUACAAGAACAUAUCCGCGAAUAAAAAAUUUCUUUAUGAUAAAUUAGUAUGUCAAGAAUUAGUAUGUCAAGCACAUGAAUUUGAACAAUUGGCUAUUAAUCUACUAGAUUUAUUCUACAAACAUAACAGACAUGAAUGUAUGCGUUCAGUUGUAAGACGAAUACCAUCGUAUGGAAAUUGUACAUGGUUGACCAUAGCUGCUAAAGCAAAAGCUAAAACCUUUAUUGCACACGGAGCGAUUCAGGAUGUUUUGAAAGACAUUUGGUAUGGUUAUAUUGAUCAUGAAAAUUGUCUACUGCACACUGUGGUACUAUCGUCAUUUUUUCCUCCGCUAAGUGGUUUUCUUCGUUAUCAUACAAGACUAGUGUAUGUUGACGGACCUGAAAGUACUAACGAAUGGGAUUUUGAAAGUGACAGGUUAAUGUCUGACAAACAACAGGAACAUCGGCAUGCCCAAACGGAAGAAAAUAUUGGUCAGAGAGAUGCUGCAACGGCUCAGAAAACACCUCUGCUUGAGACUUUCACAGUUGAUUUAAGCAUAUGGUAUAUGAGAACGUUAGAUAUAUUUUUUGCUGUACCACAAAUAGGACCCAAAUUAGUUAUGAUUGCCAAAAUGGUAAGUAUGUCUCAAGCAAAAAUACUCUACGGAGAAAAUCUAGCUCCAUCGACUACAUAACCGGAUGGCUAAUCACUUGUUGGAUCUAGCUAAAUGUACCUUUUCACCUGGUUAGCUGGCUCCAACCUAAUAGUGAACCGAGUACUAGGUUAUCAUUAUCGAGUAGGAGUUCGCUAAGGCUUCUGUUUAUCAGAUGUUAUAAGUUACUAAACGUUUACUUUCUUUUGUGAUGUCCUUGCUUAUGCAAAAUAAACUUGAACUUGAACUUGAAGGCUGAUAACUAGGUUAAUCGCCCAAUUAACCGACUGGUUAAGCUAGCUCCGAAGACGAAAUAUAUUUAAUACGACGGUGGUUAUCAAGCAGGUUAACCGGAUGGUUGGAGGUAGGCGUGCAACAGUUACGGUUAUUAACCGUUAAUCGUUACCGUAAAUAACCGCUUUAUAACAACUUAGUGUAUACGUGGUUUUUAGUUCUUUGAUAUCGAUUUACAUUACAGGUACAGAAGGAUGGUGUUUGUUCUAACGUUUUAGUGCUCACGUUUUAGUGUUUAGUGACAUGGAUGCACUUCAUACCUGUGUGGUAACCCCCCCCCCCCCCCCCCCCAAAGAAAAGCCCCGCCGGCGGGGGCCGGCGGGAGAAGGC